AUGCGGGGUGAGUGGAAUGGUUUGCAAGCUUUGUUUCUUAAAGAUUCUCCACAAGCAUACUAUGUGCAUUAUUUUGCUCAUAGGUUACAAUUAGCAUUGGUGACAGCUUCAAGAGAGGUACUUCAAAUUCAUGAAUUUUUUACUCAAUUAAACUCUAUUGUCACUAUUGUUAGUGCUUCUUCAAAAAGACAUGAUCAAUUACAAGAAGCUCAAGCAAUUGAAAAUGCAAACUUGGUUGCUCAAAAUGAAUUAGAAACAGGCAAAGGUGUGAAUCAAAUAAGCACUUUACAAAGAGUUGUGGAUACUCGAUGGAGCUCUCACUUUAAUUCUAUUUGCAGUUUGGUAAAAAUGUUUACUGCUACCAAUAUUGUUCUCAAUAAUAUCAUUGAAGACAGGACAACUUAUGCACAAAGAGGUGAGGCUUAUGGUGUUAGUAAAAUAUUAUUGUCAUUUGAAUUUGUUUUCACUUUGCACUUGAUGAAAGAGAUUAUGGGAAUCACUAAUGUUCUUUGCCAAGCACUGCAACAACAAUCUCAAGAUAUUCUUAAUGCAAUGCAUAUUGUUUCUACAUCAAAGUUACUUCUUCAAAAAUUAAGAGAUGGUGGAUGGUGCAAUUUUCUUGCAAAUGUUAAAGAUUUUUGUGAAAAACAUGAAAUUGAAGUCAAUAUGUUUUUGGAAGAGGUCGAUCUCGUCAACCAACAUGAUAUACCAAAUCAUUUGAAAGGCAUUGGUACACUUUCUGAAUUGUGCAACAAGUUGCAAGAAACGGGAAAAUCAAGAACUUAUCACAUAGUUGAUAGAUUAAUACGUCUUGUUUUGACUCUACCAGUGUCUACAGCAACAACAGAAAGAGCUUUUUCAGCAAUGAAAAUUGUUAAGACAAGACUCCGAAGUAAGAUGGCUGAUGAAUUUCUUGCAGAUAAUUUGGUUAUCUAUAUAGAAAAAGAAUUAGCAGCUAUUUUUGACACAAAUUCAAUUAUAGAUGAUUUUGAAAAUAGAAAAAAACGUCGAAUAGCCUUUUCAUGA